UUUUGGCGCGCUGCCAACAUUUCUUCGGCCUUCUGCAGCCUCCACUCCCUGCAGCAAACAGAACGGCAGACGAUUUCAACGUAGACGUGCGCGUGCUAACUGUUUGUCAACAAAGGAUGUAGGUAAAUAAAAGCUUUAUUGGAACUGAGUUUUUUCGGAUGAUGCGAGUAGUUGGUUGUUGGCGUUUGUGAAAGACGGUCACUGUUACAUCCGCAAGGUUUUAUUUCUUCACUUCCAUUUUAAAAACAUUCUUAAAGAACCUUUUUGAAGUUUCUUCUUACUCUUUUUGUGUGAAAGAUCUAUUGCUGGUGUUCAUUAUUUUUUACCGUAUUAAAACGUUGUUAAAAAAAUAGUGAAAAAUCACAGUUACGCUAAAAAAAAUGAAAUUUUUUUUCGAGCAUUUUAAAAGAAGCUAAUUUUUCUGCUUUCAUCAGUGAGUUUUAUUGUUCACUUUCAUCUUCUUUUACCGUUUUCUGAUUAUAUUUUCACCCAUGUGCCAAUGCAUUAUUUUUUAAAUAAUAUUUUUAUUCGUGGAUUAAUCGAAGGACAGUCAUUGUUGGCGUCAAAUCGAUACUCUGAACAGUAUGAUGGAGGAAGAACCCAUAGCUUACUAUGUGGAAGAAAAUGUAACUCAACCUUUGACUGUCAGCAGCAAUAGCAUUAACUACGAUCCAUCUGGAACUUCAGAUUCUCUUCUGUUAGCACUGAGAAUUCGUGACCAUCAAACCAUGGGUAAGAAACGAAUCGUUAAGAAUUUGUUGGUGAUGUUUUCCUCGUUUUUCAUUUUCUUCCUUGGCUUCCAGUCACUGUCCAAUCUUCAGACAACUAUGAAUUCCGACAAAGGCAUUGGCGUGGAAUCCCAAGCUUUGAUCUAUGCAGCUUCGAUGGUAUCGUCCAUACUGCUGCCAGAAUUCCUCAUCAAAACCAUCGGGUGCAAAAGAACCAUUGUCUUCAUGUUUUUGUGUAGCUUGCCUUAUUUGAUAUCGAACUUUAAACCAACUUUUGAAUUUAUCAUGCCAAGUUCGAUUUUGAUGGGUAUUGCCAUCGGGCCUCUUAAUACGGCAGGUGCCUUCUAUGUGAAUGAAAUGUCGUUACGUUACUACAAAAUAAGCAUGUCCGAAUCUAUGGAAACAAUUCUGGCCAGGUUCUUUGGACUUAUGUCAUUCUUUUUGGAGAACACCCAAAUUUGGGGAAAUUUGAUAUCCUAUUAUAUCUUGCGUCCAGCUAUGAUUCCUCUGAUGAAUCAUACGAACACUACAUGCGGUAUAGAUUUUGUUAAAAACGCAGAUGGCAAUGGCACCAACCCGAAUCUUCAACCUCCCUCUGAUGAUAAAAGGUAUAUGCUAGUCAGUAUUUAUGUUCUGAGUGCUGUGAUUGCUGCCACCCUGAUGGGACUAUUCAUGGACAAGCUGGAAAACGAUAUUGAAAGCGAAACAUCAGAAGGCAAAUGCAAAGCAGUUCUUUGGCGGCUGUUGGCAGCAGCAAAACACGCCGUCCUGCCUGAUCAGAUACUUCUUCUACCUUUAACAAUAUUGGUUGGCAUGGAGCUGGCAUUCUACACUGGCGAAAUUACUCAGGCGUACAUCGCUUGCUCGUGGGGCGUACAUCACGUUGGAUUCGUAACGGUAUGUUUCGGCGUGUGCGGGGCGCUUAUGUCCCUGCUGGUGGGACCGCUGGUCAAGUGCAUCUCCCAGAUGGCCGUUCUCAUCCUAGCCGCGUUGGCCAACGUCUCCAUUUGCAUCGUUCUCUUCCUGUGGGAGCCGACGCCCGAAUUCAAGACCAUGUAUUUCGUCAUUGCUGGUGUGUGGGGCAUGGGAGACGCCAUCUGGUGGUCACAAGUCACAGCUCUCUAUGGCUUGAUGUUCCCUAACGACCGAGAAGCAGCCUUCUCUAACCUCUACUUCUGGAGCUUCCUUGGCUUUUUCCUGAGCUACUCGUACGCCAACUACUUCACGGUCGCCGUCAAGAUCAACAUCCUCCUCUGCUUCCUGCUCGCCGGCAUGUUGGGGUACAUGAUCGGCCAGAUCAGGCUCAAGUGCUCCUCCAGGAAAGAGUACGUCCCCAUACCGGACAGCGGAGACAGCUCCUAACGGAAGUUGCCACUCUAGAGUUCCUUCUCAGGUCUCCAAUCCUUGAAAGAUCGCCAGAGGAGCUAGCUCAUCGCCUAUCCGGACAACAGAAAAAGUUCUGAAAGGGCUUCGUGUUUAGGAAGACCUGAUAAACUAAUAUCUGUGAAAACUGUGGCAUAUCAUUGUGUUGUCCUGUAUUUGCAUAGCUUUUCUGAGCGGAAAAUUCUUUUUAGCACGACUGUCUGGCAAAUUUUGAAAUUAGGAAAGAAACUUAUAUAGAAGGAACAAUUAUAAAUAAUUUAAGAAGUUUAUGUUUUGUAAAUGUGAUGGUAUGGAAUGCAUAUUGAUGUGUGAUGCGACAGCAGUACUUCAAUUCCUUAUCCAGAGCAAAGCUUCUUAACUCCCGGUUGGAACCCCAAUUGAACUUUGUAGCGCCACCUAACGUACGAUUCACUAGUGUUUGUGAUAAUCGUUUGACUUUCCUUAAAAUUGUUAUGAUUUCAUUAAUUAUUCAGUUUUAAUGAGUGGCUGUAAUCUGGAAUUUUGUAGCCAAUUUUUCACUCGCAUCUUGAUGAAUUUUAAAAAUAUAUGAUUGUUUUUUAAAUUUUAAUUAAUUAAUAAAUUAGUUUAAUUAAAUUUUUACUGCAUAUGAAUGAUGCCUUCAGGUAAUGAGUUUUUUAAAAAAAUGAUUACAAAAUUAACCGUAUUUAUAAUACUAAUGAAUAAAAACUAAAAAGUUGAAAAAAAUUAAAAUUAAAAAAAUACUUUUUAAUGUAUUAAUUAAUUUGUGUUUCUUAAAAGAAUUGUUUUUAUUCAGCUUAUUAUUUUUUAUUUAUUUUUAACGAAUUUCUAACAUUUAUUUUCUAGUUCUCUUUCAGCAACGAUUUGUGUGGCAAAGAUGGGGUCGUGAAUUUUUUUCGUUAGAAAAAAAAUGUUAUUAACGGAAAUUUUUUGAAGAAGGCACUGUCCAGAGGGCAUGAUCCUUUUUUACACCUUUAAUGUAUAUUCCGAAUAUUUUAUUUAUUUAUUUAUUUGUUGUUUUCAGCUUUGCUAUGGACAUAAUUUCUCUUGCUUUGAUGGAAUUUUUUUAAAAAAUACGUUCUUUUCCUUUUCAUUAUGUUUUUUUUAUUUCUCUGUUAAUUUUUAUAUCAAUUUAUGAAACAUUUUAAAUAAAUUUGGAAAAUCAAUUAGGAAAAGAAAAAUAACUUGGGGAAAUUAAUAAAUCUGAAUUAAAUUAUUUAUUUCAUCCUGCAUAUAAAUUUUACCUAUUUAAGAGAGAAAAAUCGGAUAGCUUUUCUUUGUUUGCAUAUAGAAAAAAGGAGAGGGACCCCAACUGUGAAUUGCAGGUAUUCAUAGAAAUGCUCUGCAUUAUUUUUAAUAAAGUUCAUUUCAUGUGAGUUAUCAUGUUCAUGUAUCUCUACAUACCAACGAGCAUAUAUAACUGCAGGUUGCUUUUCUUAUUUAAUUGUCCACGCAGUUGUCGCCGUUAUGCCUCCACUUUACUCCGUCUUUUGGGGUAGAAAAAAUACUUCGUUGGGAUUCUUAUAAUACAAAAGCAGAAGAUAAUUUGAGAAUUAAUUCAUUUUUUUUCAGUUUCUUGAUUAAUAAAAAUAUUAAAAGAAAUUUGGAGAAAGAUGUUAAACUGUAUCAUAAUGUAGAAUUUGAAGAAAGAUGUUAAACUGUAUCAUAAUGUAGAAUUUGAAGAAAGAUGUUAAACUGUAUCAUAAUGUAGAAUUUGUUCUUUCAAAUCUAGAGAUUUUCACAAUGUUCACUUUAUUUUUACCAUAUAAUUAAAAGCGGUAAUUAAUAAAUACUUUAAAUAAAAUUGACUCUUUAUACGAAGCUUCUAAAAUCACUCAAUCGAUUUGGGUUAUAUUGACCGUAAUUUCGCUAAAGGACACAUAUAAUGUUAAUUUCUAUGCUAAACAAUUUAUAUCAAUAGAACAGGAAAUUAAUAAAUUCUUUGGACGGUAUAGAAAUUCUAAUUGAUGAAUAGAUUUUCUUCAGAUUUUAAGCCAACGUAUUAUUAAAUUUUACUUAAAAAAUAAUACCUAAGUAGAUAUUUUUUUAAUAAAAAUAUAUUCCAUGAAGAAUGAUUAUUAUACAUUUAAUAUUGCCAUUUUCAUUACAUAAAAACUAUUAAAUUAAAAAAUAUAUUCUUAUUUAUUUUCGAGUGGUCACUCGAAUUUAAUUAAAUUAAAUUAAUAUUUAAUAACGUUUGCAUCAUCUUUUAAAUAUUAAUUAUAAUAAGUGGAAAUAAUCAAUGGAUUUUAGCAAAUUAUGGUAAAAUUUUUAAUCCUUGAUUUUUAAAAUUAUUAUCUACAAACUGUGUUUCCAACAAUAACAGGUCCUUCAAUAUUAUAAAGGUAAUAUUCGGCAAGAAAAUAUUUUCUUUAGGAACAGCGUGUAGCAUAUCAGUUAAUAAUGAAUAAAUUGGUUGGAGAUUAAGGGUUAAUAAAAUACAAAAUAAUUAUCAACAGUUGUUGUGUAAGAAACGAAAAAUACAUUGGCAAACAAUGCAUACCAAAAAUUAAAUCCUUGUUUUAAAUAGCAAAGAAAAUUGUGCUUAUAGUUAAAAUCAGGAAAUAUAAAAUGCGCUUGAUUCAAAUUUCUGCAGAAGAGUUUAAGUUGGCUCCAUAUCGUGGUGUUUAUUUUAUAAACAUUUUGAAUUACAUGUGUUUUCAACUAACAGAACACUGAACAUGAGCACGUUUGCUUUUUCUGUACUUUGUAUUAAGUUUCAGUGUUCUUUAGAUUAUGCAAAAUUAACACUUCUGCAUUAAAAGAUUCUCCAAAUCUAUUUAUUAUGUUCAUAUCAUUUUGUAUUUUUUAUGUACUCUAUCUGCUGUCUGAAGAUACAAAAGAUUGGUUGAUUAUUGUGAUAUUCUUUGUAUUUAUAUUAAAAUAAUAAAAAAUGUGUCAUGUACACUGUUUGAGUGUGCAAAAUGUAUAUGUGGUAAUACUUUUACUUCUAACAUCCUUUGCAUUUUAAAAUUUUUUGAAAUUAUAAAGAAGAAAAUGCAUAUUUUGUAAAAAAUUUUUCCCUACGUAUUUUCUUUCGAAAUAUCACCUGCAAAUCUCUUCUCCUUUUCCCACAUGAAAGCUGCUACAUAUAGAAUAUACUCAGUUCCUUAUCAUAUCUUAAGAUAUUUUUAAUGUUGAUCUUUCCAUUUUUGGACUUUGAUCAUAAAUUUAGUCAAUAUUCGGGCAAGAAUCGUUGGAUAUUAAAUUUUACACAUUUUUCCAUGUCAAUGUCUUUGAAAUUAGUGAAAUUACCCACAAAACCAUUUUUUAAUUUUCCAUAUUGUAAAUGAGUUGGUUUCAUUCGAGGUAUCCGUGUGCAGAGGAGAAACAAAACCGUGUCUUCGAGUUAAGAAAAGGGGAGUGGUAGACUGGUGGUAAAGUCUCAGCUCUGAUGCCGGAGGUUUUCAAGUUCGAGACGCAAUUCCAUUGAAGGGCCGUCGUGCAAGCAGGCCUGGUGCACGCAAAAUCCGUCAGUGCCGAAGAUCCUCCCGCUGGUGCGCUAUGGAUGUUUGGAAAUGGACUUCUAUUUAAUGCGUUGCUCUUGUCAUCUGACUGCGGUCCAAAGAUACGAGGUCCGUCCCAAAAUAAACUUAAUAUUCCUUUAAAACGGGACGUUAAUAUAACUAAACUAAAUCGGGGAAGUACCAAAUAUCCAUUAACACGUGCACAGCCAAUACAUGUGCGAUAUUCGAACCAUCUAUCUAAUUAGAUGCCCCCUUCUUUGCAAUCUCUUAAGCAUAGUAGUAAAGGGGUGAUCUGAUUAGAUAGGUAAUUCGAAUAUCGCGCUUGAACCAUUGCAGUAUGCAUGUUAAUUGCAUUUCAGCUCAAGGGAACUAACUGAAUGAAGAAAAAAAUGUGAAUACACGUUCUGAUAAUAUGAGCAUUUGUUUGUUGUUAAACUUCUGAACUCUUUAUUUAAUGUUUAAUUAAAUAAAGUGCUCUGACAUUUAUGACCGUUUUUAUCUUCUUGUUUACAAAGAAUGAUUUUUAUAAACAUCGUAAAAUUAAACCUCGAUAUUUUGAAGGAUCUUUUUUUUUCAGACCUCCCUAAAUAGAUAAAAAAAAUGAUGGAAUUAUGUUUGUUUGUCUUCUGUGAGUCAUGGAGCAUAAAUUUUAUGACCUAAAAUCAUGGAAUAUAAAAUGUGAUUUUUGAAGGAAUUUGUCGAACUUUUUUUAUGAAAAACAUCCGUACGAAAUUUGCCUGCCCAUCUGAAUUUAUGCAAAAGUAAUCAUUAAAAAACACAAAAUUCUAGGCAGAUGAAAUUUUGUAUGAGUUUUAUGACCAGAAUUACAGAUUUGUAUUAAAAUUAUCUAAACGUUAUUUGAGCUGGAAAACUCAAAUGGAAUAUGCUCUUAGCUUCAAAAUUAUUCGUCUAUAUCGAAUUUUAUGUCCAGUCUUCCACUGGGGUCCUAAUGCCUUUUUGAUUCUUGUAACCGUGCUUCUUAACUUAAAAAAAAAGAAAGAAAAAGAAAAAAGCGAGGAGAGAAAAUAAUAAUAAUAAUAAUAAUAAAUAAAUAAAUGCGCCAUCCUGCUUUGCACCCAAGAAAACUGAAUUUUCCAAGCCGCAUUAAUUCGCUUGUAACACUAAUUUGGCGGAUGCAAGAAGUUUAUUAUAUUUAAAAAGCGCCUUCACCCUUGAUGUGUGACGUUGUGUUUUUGUUUUACGCGUGGAAAUUCGAAUUUUUUAGGGGAGUAAUUUGUUAUAUGUGAAAGAUUUCAGUAAAUGCAGAACCGCAAGAACUCCGGAUAAUAGAGGUAAAGCGUUUUUCAAAAAUUUUGAUUAAUGUUGAUGUUUAGAGACUUUGAAAUUUCAAGUUUGUUACGACGAUGACUGCGUACGCUGCCAUGUUAGCUUCCGUAAGAAAUCAUAAAGAUCAUCAUGUUUUGCUUGGUGAUGAAAAUCGUCAUCAGAAUUUAGUUCUACACAAAUGGUCAUUUUGACCGCAAAACGAAUUUCUACCGUUCAUAUUUUCUUUGCUUACAGUCAGGAUUUUUAUUCGCUCGUUGUCUUUUCCUACUUAUUUAUCUAUACUUAUAAUAAAGCUGAAUGUGUGUGUGUGUAUUGGCGCUCUACAGGCCCGACUGUUUUACUUACAGCUUCCAAAUUUGGUACAUAUAUACCUUGGAGGUCGGGUAUAUGCAGGUGUGGUCCUUUUUUGAAUUUUUAAUUAUAAUUUUAAUUAUUAAUUAAAAACUAACUUUCCCGCCAAAAUUUUUUUAUUUCCCCACUACCAAAUGAGUAAAGCUUUAUUUUUUUUCGCACUCUAAUGACAUUAGGUUUAACAUGUUUUUGACCUAUUACUUCAAACGAUUCGGUUUAUUUUCUUAAUGUUUGAUGCAUUCAAAAUUCAACAUUCUUAAUUAAUAGGUGUUUCAAAUCAUUCUGAAUUAGUUUUGAAUUAAAAUAAAGGAAAUUAUAAAUUUCUAAUCUGUAUAGCGUUACCCCAACUGGCCUAGAAAAUUCACGCAUUUGCGUUACCAUAACUGGCUUUGAAAGUUCAUUCAUGCGCAUUGUGUUCUGAUUGUUGACAACUAUUUUCAACGGAUUCGGACUUGAUUUAAAUUAUUUUUAGGUUAGUUAUGUGCUUUUGUAAUAAAAUUUUGUAAGAAAAUUG